AUGGCGAAACUUCCACCACUUAAUUAUUUCAUGGAAAAAGAAGCUGCAGACGUGGCUAUAAAACACUUUAAUCUUAUUCUUCAAGAAGCAUUGAAGGAGUACACAAAUGUAUGGGCCAGGUACUUAAAUUUUGUAAAUCAGUACCAAGAAGAUAAUUCUAGAUCAUUGUCCGAAGAAAAGACUCGGAUAGAAAGACAAAAGGAUGAAAAUAAUAAAUCUUCGAGAAGCAUAUAUCUUGAAGAACCACAUACAACAAAUUCAGCUUAUUCAAUAGAGAAUACUUUACAAGGAUGUACUUUGGAUUUUGAUUCUAAUAUAGAAUCAUUGAAUGAUAAAAAUACAUUUCAAAAUGUAAGUCCUAUACCAGAGAGAAACAAUUCAAAUUUUAGAAAUAUCAAUUCUAAUAGAAAUAUUUUUAUGGAUAAUUCUUCUGAAGAUACGUGUACAAUAAAUAAUUUAAGAAACGACAAUGAACAGGGGAUAUCUGAUAAAACAAAUUCUACAGUUACUAAAGAUUCUACGAGUAAUGUUCCUUCAAUAUUUUUAUGUAGUACUUCGACCAAAGGUACAAAAUGGAAUAAAACGAAGAAUGAGAAAGCAAUGAAAACACCUUUGCAAGUUAUAAAUAAUGUGAACUUGACACCAAAGAAUAAUACUCUAAUAGAUAAGAGUAAUAAUACUAAAUUAAAUACGAUACCAUACGACAUUCAAGUUACCCUCACGCCAAGUAACAAAAAAUUCAAACAAACCAAAUUAGUAUUUCAUAAGAUCAAGAAAACGAUGGAGUUAUCAAAUAAUUUAAAAUCAACUGAUACUCCUACGUUAACAAAGACUGAUAUAACAGGUACAGAGAAAAAGAAAACAAAUAAUGAACAUGAUGAUAAUACUUAUAAUCAAACCGAAAAAGUUGAAAACGCAAUAGAACAAUAUGAAAAUAAUAUAAAUCUUGAUCAAACUAUUGAUAGUUGUAAUAUUGAUAGAACUUCUUCGCCUUUAGCAAGAUUUGAGACUGAAUCUAAAUAUAAGAAUCAGAAUAUGAAAAAGAGACAAACCAAGAUGUUAAAAACGAAGGAAAAUGUAAUAAAAAUCAUCGAUCUAGAUGAACCAGAAGAAAAGAGAAUUUAA